AUGCAGUGGAUCCAACACGAACAGCAACAGUCACAACUUCAACCACAGCUGCUCCAGCCGGAGCUCAACAUGAUCGAGUUCGAAGCCGAUACGAAGUACACGGUUGAUCCCACAAUGGCUUUUGGUGAUGGCAACAAAUUCACUGGGGAUAUUAGCGGUGGCCUUAUGCUUGGUAUCAUCAACCAAUUCACCGCAUUCACACAUAUUUUGGCGACUGACACUUUCAUUUCGCUUCUUGAAUGCAGACAUCCCGUUGGCUUUCAAAUCGCCCGUUUUCCCUAA